UGUUGUUGGUAAGUCAACAAAAACAACCACAAAAUUUGGACUAAAACUCGUUUUUAGAAAACUAUAAUUAUAAAGAUUUUAACUGUAUUUAAUUUGUCAGAAUUCUGCGCUUUACACUAAUACAAUUACGUAAACAUUUUAUUUUGAAAAAAUACCGGAAGUGUGCCUUCCCACCCCCACCCCCUGUGUGUAACUUGACAGCGGUGGUAACAGACAUCUCUGGGAGCAGUUUCUCAUUUCCCUCGGAGCUGAACAUCACACCAUCGUCGCCGACAGACACAGAAACAACAUGGGAGUUGAACCGUCAACAUGAGGAAACUUUUGUAGCUCCGUGUUCGACUUUUGACUUGUUGUUGUUCGCGUCCUUCUCCGUGGAACAAGUUCAACGCCUCUGCUCUGGAUGCUGAGAUGCGCGCAGAGUGACAGGGCUCCUCAUCUCUCCUACACUCCUCCACCACUGAUGUACGCCAUGAAAGACGACUUUGCAGACGAGGAGGAAGUACAGUCUUUUGGAUACAAGAGGUUCGGCAUCCAGGAGGGCACCCAGUGCACCAAGUGUAAGAAUGAAUGGGCGCUGAAGACGUCGAUAGCUCUGCUGUAUGUGCUGUGUACGCUCCUCACCAUCGCUGUGGCCGUCCUGGGAUAUAAAGUGGUUCAGAGAGUGGACAGUGUGUCUGAAGGUAUCGCCAACUAUGGAGGCAAGAUAGUGGCUGUUGAGACCGAUUUAAAAAAGCUAGAUGACCAGACGGGAGAGAAGUCAGAGAACACCACCACAGAGAUCCAGACUUUUAAGAACAGCAUCUGGAGUCUCCAGAGGCAGCUGUCUACGGUGGAGGAACGCAUCCGCGGUGAUCAAGUCAAGCUCAGUCAGCUGCAGAGCAUCGGCUCAGACAUCCAGAGCAGCCAGGGUUCCACACAGAGACUUCUGGAAACAAACACAGCUACCCUCCGCUCGGUAAAUGCCACCCUGCACUCCUACGCGGGCAUUAUUGAGGCUCUGCAGGAGGACACUGCCAGGCUGCAGAGAGACCUGCAGCAGCAGUCCAGGCUCCAGAACCAGGCACUUCUCAGCAUCAGCGGCUUAAACCUCACCCAGGCUCAGCAGCGGGGUCUUGUUGGUGGUCUGCAGCGGUCCGUAGAUGACGCCAGCCAGAUCAUCCAGAAACUACACAAUGACUUUCAAAACCUUGAGCAGACGACACUACAAACACGCGCUGACACCGACUGGCUUCGAGGUAAAGUGGAAAACCUGCAAACUUUAGCUAGUAACGUCUCAGCUCUGGCCAAGGCUAACAACGACAGCCUGGAGGACGUGGGAUCUCAGCUGAACUUUAUGGCCAACCAGCUCCAGAACACCAGCACUCUGGCUGAGGCUCACGACCAAACCUUGAGGGAGAUCAUCGAUCGACAGAGGGACUUCAGCAACUUCUCUUCCAGCAAGUUUGAUCGGCUGGAGGUCCGACUGGACGAGUCUGAGCAGAGCAUGGACCGUGUGACCGGUAACAUCAGUUUUACCACGCAGCUACUGGGAGCCAUCAACCUUAACCUGAACGAUUUACGCACCUGUUCUGAGACGGUCGGACGUCACUCAGACUUUUUGUUGAACCUGAACAACAGUGUGUUGGACGUGAGGACUGACGCAGCAGGUCUGAGGGCCCAACAGGAGGAGCUGUCGGGGCGUCUAGACAAGGAGGUCACCAGUCUCUCAAUAGUCAUGGAGGAGAUGAAACUGGUGGACACCAAGCACUCCCAACUUAUAACCAACUUCACUAUUUUAAAAGGACCUCCUGGUCUCAGAGGGCCAAGAGGAGACAAGGGAUCGCAGGGACAACCUGGUCCCUCUGGUCAAAAAGGAGAGAGAGGAGAAAAGGGUGCUCCUGGUAACAGUGGACCUAAAGGUGAGCCAGGUAUUUCAGGCCCACCCGGUCUGCCUGGGAUAAGAGGUUUUCCAGGUGCACCUGGUACUCCGGGAUCCAAAGGUUCCCGAGGGUCAGGAGGCAGGGCUGGACCUCCUGGAUCUAAAGGAGAGCCAGGUACUGCUGGUUUGCCUGGAAGAGAUGGACAGCCUGGUCCUCAGGGGGCACAAGGUCCACCAGGUAUCAGAGGCUCAGUGGGACCAGCCGGUGAGCAGGGCCCCAGGGGAUUGAUGGGACCAGUGGGACCAGUGGGACCUCCUGGACUACCAGGGCCACCAGGACACAUAGGCGCUCAAGUUCAUCUUCCAGUUGUGACCUUGACUCCAGAGUUGUGGCAGGACGAGGCAGCGGUUCCUACGUUAUGGGCCCCUGGUUGUCCUCCUGGAUGGGUGAACUACAGAGACAAGUGCUACUUCUACUCUAAGGAUUACCUCAAAUUUGAUGAAGCCCUGUCAAAAUGCCAAUCGGAGUCUGCGUCACUGUUGAUCAUCAAUGAUGAAGAGGAACAGGAGUGGCUGCAGAAGCAGACCUUCAAAGGUUACUUCUGGAUCGGUCUAACCGACAGGGCGGAGGAGAACGUGUGGCGGUGGCUGGAUGGCACCAAACCUACUUUCACGUACUGGAAACCUGGUCAACCGGACAACUGGGGUCACAUGCAUGCGGAGGGUGAGGACUGCGCAGGUCUCAUCUAUCAAGGGUUUUGGAACGAUUUCUUCUGUGAAGAUUCGAUCAGCUACAUCUGUGAGAAACAAAUGGAGACCGUGGGAUCACCUGGAUCGUAGUGAUGUUAGAAAAGGCAAGCUUGCACUAAGCAGCUAGACCUCAACCACGUGGUACUGGACCACUGAGACGGCACAUGGAGAGAGGACAGAAAGAGAGAGAGGGGACAAAUUUGUGAAGAAAAAACAAAACAAAACAAAACAAGCUGUGGCAUUACAUCAUCAGACGUUAAAAAAGAGUUGCCUUUCUCCUACAAGUGAAGCCAAUCCAACUUUACCAGCAAGUGCAAUACAUCAGAGCAACCACAGAGGGGAGUCAGUUUUUGGUUUAUAUUUGUAUGGUGUAACUGGUGUAAUUCUUUAAAAGUGUAUUCUCUGUGCAACUGAAUAUCUGAAUGUAUAUAUCAUGACGCAGGUUUUGUAGGAAAAGAAAUUUUAUGAACUAAAGUGGACUUAACUUCUUCCAUCAUACUGUGUGAAGUGACAAAAGGUACAAAAUGAUGCACAAAAACAUGUUGCUGAUGUGCUAUCUUUGAAGGAACUGUUAUCUAACCUCCCGAAUGUCAACGUAGUAUUUUCAAUGUAUUUACAUAUAUAGAAAUAUUUGAAAAAACAAAACACAGGAAAAAAAAUCACUUUUUGAACUGUGUAAUAGUCAUAUUUUUGUUACUAUGAGACUUUUUUUUUACUCACUACAGACACGCAUAUGUUUAUAUGAACGGAAAUCUGUGGAUUCUACCUAUAAAUAGAAAAUGUACAAUUUUCUCUCUCCGUCUCAGGAAUUUCCUGUUUAAAAAUAAAACACUUGAUUUUUAAGGUUUGUUUUUUCACUAUGAAAGAAAAAGAAACAUUCUGAAAUAAAAUUAAAAAAAACAACUAAAUAUCAGUGUUUGGAAGUCGUCAGUUACGGCCCACUCGUUGGAGUUGAACUUCCAGGAGGCUGGACGUCAGGACGUGCUAGUUUACAUGCUGAUGUGUCCCUGGAGUCCAUAUGGAGGGUUACAUGAUUAGAGCAAAGCCACCUACAGGUGACAAGAAGACAGUGCAGUCAACAUUACUAUUGGUGCAUUUCAAUAAAGGUGACAGAUUAUUACGGUGUAAUGCUGGACUUUUUAUAAAUGGGUGUGCAUGACCCCACCCCUCCCUCACACACUUCCUCACCCGUUCCCCAUACAUUUGAGUCAUUGAAAAACAUUUCAUUGGACCAGUAGAAAUUGUAUGUUAGUGAACGACACCAUAGGAAAAAUUCACUUUUUGAUCAUCUGAAUUUUUGAAGUUCAGCACAGCACGCUCCACAGUAUUGUAGAAUUUAAUUUAUUGACGUAGCACAAAAAAAAAGAUAUUUUCACAUUUCUGUUUCUUUCCCCCUUGAAAAAUAACUUCUGCAGUAUUUUUUUCUUCUUAUUCCCAAAUCUGUAAGCAAAACGACUGUUGCCUAAGUCGUUCGUGACCAACACGUACUUUUUACCAUUCACUUCCUUCUUCCUGUUUUGGGUCAACUCCAAUCACAGUCACUCCUUCAGUUGCACGGAAGAUUCAAACCUUACAAUAGCACCUUUGGAAAGAGGGAAUUGAACUAGUGGUCACUCAACAUGGACGUUAGGGUCGUCUAAAAAGCAAGAACACAGUGACUGGCUGAGAGCGUGCUCAAUAAUCUUAGGCCCAGCUGGAGCAACUCCAGGAUUUUUUUUUUUUUUUUUUGAAGACACUGACUGCUUUAAGACGCACUCUUGUAAAUGUUUGUGACAUCGUAAACAUCAAAGCAACACAAAACAAGACAAGAGCUGAGUCUCACACACACGACAAGAUGUGAAGUUUGAGCUGGUUUUGCUCUAAGUGAUAAAUUACGUGAAGUAAUCACAUCAUGUAAAAAUCACACUGUUUAUAAGAAAAGGACGACAUACUCAUCUGGAAGCUAAAAUAAAACACUGUGCUUUAUCUCCAAAUUUCUACUAAAUGGAAUCACGACUUACAAAACUGACCUGAAACUAGCAACUCAACUGUUGAGCGACAUUCAGAGCAAUUUAGAUUGAAGCAAAUGGACCGUCGCGGUUGAAGAACUGGCCUCAUUUUCUUUGUUAAAACAGGAGUUUUUUUUUUCUA